UCGGUUCCUGUGUUCAGCUAGUAAUGCCUGAUGUGCUGAGCCAGGUCUGAUCUGGCCAGCUGGCUAGUGUUUUGGAGAACAUAGACCAAUAGCUAGCCUAGCUACACUGCUAGUUUGCUAACCACAGUCGGUCAACACAAUAUGAAAACAUCGGAGAAAAUGAAACAUAAAUAUACGAGACCGUUUCAGACGCUGGUAAAAGUCUAAUAUAUGUAACUAGUCAAGAACAUCCAACCGUAGCAGUGGGGCAAAGGUAGGGACGUGGUCGAGUAUAUCGCUAACGUUAGCUAGUUUGGCCAAAUGCCUUGUUUGGGUUGGUUGUCAACGCUUGAGUUGGACAAACGCUGGCUUGUUAGUGUAUUGGGAGACGGAUAGCUACAGACUGUAACACCAAUAUAAUGCGAUUUAACCAAAUAUUACUGGUAGUUACAGGCCUGGCUGUACAAAACGUCGUCAAGAGAGUUUUCAACUGACAACUUUAACCUGCUAUUGGCGAUACUAUCUUUGUCCUCCACCAGUAUAAUCAACCACAUUUUUUGGGUUAAAUCACAUUAUCUGGUUUUACAAUCUGGAGCUAGGAGACGGGUAGUUAACUCGAUUUUGAAGUUUCAUGACAGCCUGUUUUCGUUGUUUCUCUGUGUUUCAGUUUAACUGCCAGAACUCACACCAUCAGUUGUUUGGUCAUUAACGUUAUGUUUUAAUUCUGUAAAAAGAACAGAUUUAAAUGAUUCAUGCCACCAAUGGCAAUAUUGUCAUCAGCUCAUCAUGGCUGUUAACAAAUGACAACUGCAGUGAUUAGGUAACUAAUACGUUUAAAAAAAUUUUUUUUUUAGCUAGUUAGCUACAAACAUGGUUCUGUCAUCAAUAGUUGGAUUUCAUCAUGCUAUGGUAAUGUAAAGGUGUAGACUACAAGCUAGAUGCCCCUUUAGACUACAAGCUGGCCAGACACACUUUCAUAUGGCCUUUGCGAAGACCCUUUGGUGACUGAGACCAACAAACACCAGUGUGAAGGAGGAAGGUCUGAUCUUUGAGAUGACUGUCUACCCAAAGAAUUCAGUGCGGAUCUUAUCUGCCCGGGAGUGUGGGGCCCGCGGCCUUGGCUCCCAGCGCCUCCUGCAGCAGCUUGUUGAGGAAAAGACCCGGCGGAUGAAAUGGCAGAGUCAGAAAGUGGAGUUGCCGGACAGCCCUCGUUCUACCUUCCUGUUGGCUUUUAGCCCGGACAGGACCUUAAUGGCCUCCACACAUGUCAACCAUAACAUUUAUGUCACAGUGGUUAAGACAGGGAAGUGUGUUCACUCUCUGGUUGGCCAUCGCCGCACUCCUUGGUGUCUGACCUUUCACCCUACCAUCCCUGGUUUGGUGGCUUCGGGAUGUCUGGAUGGAGAGGUUCGCAUCUGGGACCUGCAUGGUGGCAGUGAGAGCUGGUUCACUGAGGGCAAUGUGGCCAUUGCCUCCCUGGCCUUUCACCCUACCGCCCAGCUCCUUCUCAUAGCAACAAACAAUGAGGUUCACUUCUGGGACUGGAGUAGGAGGGAGCCAUUUGCCCUGGUCAAGACUGCCAGCGAGACAGAGAGAGUCAGACUGGUGAGGUUUGACCCAUUGGGUCAUUACCUGUUGACCGCUAUAGUGAAUCCCUCUAACCAACAGCAGAGUGAUGAUGACUCUGAGGUCCCCAUGGAUAGCAUGGAGAUGCCCCACUUUCGCCAUCGAUCCCUCCUACAGUCCCAACCGGUCCGCCGUACCCCCAUUCUCCACAACUUCCUGCACAUCCUGUCAUCGAGGAACUCAGGCUCACAGUCUGAGGAGCAGCAUCCUCCUGAACCCGCUGUCAAUAGUGCUGCUGACUCUCCUAGUCUUCCCUCUGGACGUUAUUCCGCCCUGCGGAAUCGCGUCCGACCCCCCUACCAGGGUUGUGUGCAACACCUUGGUAUGGUUUGCUUCUGCAGUCGGUGCUCUCCCACCCAAGCCCCUUCACCAUCUGGAGAGGACCCCUCUGACCCUGAGAGCCUGGAGACCCAGUCCUAUGCCUCCACCUUCUCCUCUGUUCGCACUGAGCCCCGGCAGCCCUCUGAGCCUCGCUCCUCACACCGUCCCUCUGCCUUCAGCAGUGUGUACAGAGGUGCUAGAGGACACUCUUUACGCACUCCAUCUUCAGGCCACCAGCAGCCAGGCCGGGAGUGUUCUGGGCGACUGGCGGGGGCAGACUGGAUGGGUAGCAUGCUCAACAUGCGGCCUGAGCAUAGUGGGGGUGUUGGGGUAUCUCCACCCAGGACUAGUGCAUCAUCUGUCAGCCUGCUGUCUGUGCGGAGACAGCAGGAGUGCUCCUAUCAGUCGCCUGUCUACACCUCUGCCACAGAGGGUGGAAGCUUUCCCCCAGCAGUUAUGAGCCCCCACAUCAGUGGAAACAGCUCUGUAGAUGGACCCAGCACUAGUAGUGGACACCACACUCUUGGGGAGGGAGGGAGCAACAGCCCCACCUCUAUCCGUAAUGUGCUGCAGUGCAACUUGAAUCGCUACUUCAUGGUGUAUGAUCGCAUACAGGAAAUGGAGCAGUCAGGUGGCACUGGUGGAGAGAGCAGCCAAGAGCAACAGACAUGGGAGAUGCUUAAUAAUAACAUAGACUCUGAGCGGCCUGUCACCCCCCAUUAUCAGCCCCCCCACAGCGGUGAUGAUGGUUCUGGUCCCUUCCCCGGCCAUGUGAACCGCUGCAGGGUCUGCCACAACCUGUUCAUGUUUAACCAAGGUACACAGCGCUGGGAGUGCACCGGCCAGACCCCAUCACAAGAGGGGAGCACCUCAUGGCAGCCCCCAAGCUCCAACCCUGCCUUUCACAACAUGAGGCAGACUGUGAUACAGGAUCCCCAGUCCUCUGACAGGAGACAGUUGGCACAGCCACAGCCCAGUGCUGAUGAACCUGGAGGGGACACAGCCUUCCCUCACCGGGGAACUCCUAGCCCGCAGAGAGAACGGGCAGUGGGGUUGGUGUAUAAUCAGGAGACAGGCCAAUGGGAGAGGGUUUACAGACAGUCUGCCAGUCCAAGUCCAGCGGUGAAUGUACCACAAGAGGCCUUAAAUCAAGAAAUGCCCGACGAAAGCUCUGAUGACGAUUACCUGAGAAGGAGACUUUUGGAGUCAUCUAUUAUGUCGCCGUCUCGGUAUGACAUAUCUGGCUCCCGGGACCAUCCCAUUUAUCCAGAUCCUGCCAGGUUGUCACCUGCUGCGUAUUACGCCCAGCGGAUGAUUCAGUACUUAUCUCGGCGGGACAGCAUUCGCCAACGAUCACUGCGCUACCAGAGCCGACUGCGGCCUCUCUCGUCCACCUCGGAUAGCCCAGGAAGCAACCCCUCCGUUGAGAACAACGAGGUGGACUUUGAGGAGUUUGAGGAUAACGGUGAUCGCGCCAGACACAGGGCUCCGCGCAACGCUCGUAUGUCUGCCCCCUCGCUUGGCAGAUUUUUUCCCCGGAGGUUCCUACUGCCUGAGUAUCUGCCAUAUGCUGGCAUCUUCCACCACGAGAGGGGCCAGCCUGGCCUGGCCACCCAUUCCUCUGUCAACAGGGUCCUAGCAGGUGCGGUUAUUGGUGACGGUCAGUCAGCUGUGGCCAGUAACAUCGCCAACACUACCUACCGCCUCCAGUGGUGGGACUUCACCAAGUACAACCUACCUGAAAUCAGCAACUCCUCGGUCAACGUGCUGGUGCAGAACUGCAAGAUCUACAAUGACGCCAGCUGUGACAUCUCUGCAGACGGGCAGCUCCUGGCCGUGUUCAUACCCAGCAGCCAGUGGGGCUUCCCAGACGAGGGCAUCCUGGCUAUCUACUCUCUGUCUCCUCACAACCUGGGAGAGAUGCUCUACUCCAAGAGAUUCGGUCCUAAUGCCAUUUCUGUCAGCCUGUCCCCAAUGGGCCACUACGUGAUGGUGGGCUUGGCCUCUCGCAGGAUCCUGCUCCAUCACAACACAGACCACAUGGUAGCGCAAGUGUUACGCCUGCAGCAGCCCCAUGGUGGAGAGACUUCCAUGAGGAGAAUGUUUGAUGUGGUGUACCCCAUGGCCGCUGAUCAGCGGAGACACGUCAGCAUCAACUCGGCUCGCUGGCUCCCAGAACCUGGCCUGGGUCUUGCCUAUGGGACCAACAAGGGAGACCUAGUCAUCUGCAGACCUGUAGAUGCCCAGUUAGACGGAGACGGCCCCACUGAGCACAGUGAGCCCGUAUUUGCUGUCAACAACAAUCGAGGCGGUGGUACUGGUGGGAGCCGCAACGGAGAGCGACCAGGGAACAGCAGGGCCCCCUUGAGGUCUGAAAGGGACAUGGGGCUUAUGAACGCCAUCGGUCUCCAGCCCCGUCACCCUACCCCCAUUGUGACAUCACAAGGCACACAGACACCCAUCCUACAGCUUCAGAAUGCCGAAACACAGAUCGACCGAGAUCCACAGGUUCCCAGCACAUUCCGGGCCUCCGAAGCAACAGACAGGGAAUCUCAAGACCAGGGCAGUGGGGAGGACGCCGUUUCUCGGCUCCGCGGGCUGAUCGCUGAGGGUGGUAUGACGGCCGUGGUCCAGAGGGAGCAGAGCACCACCAUGGGCAGCUUCGGUAACAGCAUCAUCGUUAGCCACCGCAUCCACCGCGGCUCCCAGACUGGGACAGAGGCACCGGGUGGGGACAGAGGCACCCAGGGCAGGGGUCAGGGUGGUGGUGAUGGUUGGACGUCCCUCUCUCCGCCCCACCGGGGCACUCUGUCGUUCACAGAGCCCACCACCCGUAUUCUGACCCACCAGAGCAUGUAGCUGGGUGAGAGCUCAGCAUUCCUGUUAGAGCCCUCUGUGGGGCCCAUAGCAGGACAGUAGCACCUCUCCCCUUCCAGUACAUCAGUCUCUUUUCAUCUCAGCCCUCAGGGGCCCAUUGGGGUGGAGGAGGGGGCCGAUGGGACCCCUAUGGACACAGACGAUGCGUUUGAGGGUGUGGGACUUGUCGAUGAUCUAGAUCUACACUCCCACUCUGCUUCCUCCUCCUCUUCUUCAACCCUGUCCCCUGUUGUCUCCCCUCUCGACAACAACAGCUACAGUGCCAGUUACCAUGGAGACCUCUACAGUCAAUAGAUGGUCAUGUGCUUUUCAUAUCCAUCUGAUCUCUACCUAGAAGACUCUCCUUCCUCUAGCCUUAUUACAUUGACUACUGUUUUUUCUGGAGGCUUCCAAUCCCAACAAUGAAAUCCAAUCCCAACAAUGAAAUCCUACUCCUCCAUUGCAUGUCCUGAUUUCUAUCCAAAAGUAGGCUGGAUGAGACCUAUCUUCAACCUAGGAUUAGGCUUGGUCUCUUCCUUGGAUGUGGUGUUAUUUUCCAUGCCCUGACUUCAGUUUGAGACUUGUGUCAUUGCCCAAUUGAGUGCAAGAAUCCAAAGCUACAGUUUGACCAUUCUAUCGGAGGGAGGUGGACCUGAGUGACUCUUUUACAAUCAGGGUUCAGAUCGGUGGUUUUCAAAGGCCAUCUAGGACCAAAUUCCAUGAUCAAAUUGCAACUUUUUUUGCAAAACGUGUUAAGACUCUUGAUCACUAUUAGCAAGAAGCUGAUAUGCUGAGUAGAAGCACAUUUUAUUAACCAAUCACAUUGGUACAAUUUGAUUGUGAACCUGGAUGACUAUCUGUUUUUUUAUGUCUAUGAAUUAUAUUUUAUUGUGUGAGAGAGAGAGAGGAUGUUCUAUGUCACCCUUUGUGGUUGCAAAACGUUUCAUUCUUCCUUUAUAGUCGUCAUGGUUGAUUAGUGGUUCGCAAAGAUGUAGUUGACCCAAUAUAACUUUGAAUCUCUUGUACUACAUAGGAGAGCAGCAUUACAUUACAGAGUAGAAUUUAGGGUUGGGCAAUAUUUAGGGAGACCAAUUCCACAAUAUGCUACUCCAGAUAUGGGCGAUAUUCGAUAUUAUCGCUGUGUGCUGUUAAUGACAAAAUAGUUCCCGACUCCUCCUUUUUUGUGUGUUUUUUUUGUUGCUUAUUUAUGAUGUCAUAACCUCCUUCUCAUUUAGACUUAUUUUCAACAUAUUGAUACUGCCUUACUGAUUAAGCUGCGCGGUUUUGAUUUGUAAAGUUCAAAUAGUGCGUCACAAUAGCUCGACCAUAUAGUUGAUGACAAAUAUUGCCGAUCCUUCGAGAUGUCAUACGUUAAGCCGAACCUAGUAGCAUUACAAGACUUUGCUCCCAGACAGUGGCCAGAUAAUACCAUUACUCUUUUCUCCCCAGUGUGAUGCCUGUAUCUGGUGUACAGUGUGCAGUCGGGUGUGUCUGUGACAAUGGCUAAUCCGUACCCGGGAAAAGAAAACAAACAGCAUGACUUAUGUCUUUCAAAGGUUGAUGAAAUAAUAACAGGGUACAGUACACAUGUACUACUGGCAUGUAAUGAUCAUGAGCUCUAGAUCCGCAGCCUCGUAACUUCGAAACGCGUUUUGAAACACCUAAAUGCUGUGCCAAGUAUUUGAAGUGAAGCAUUUCGACAAUAGUGUAUCUCUUCUACGAUUUCAAACGGUCACCCCAUGUUUUGUGAUGGUUGUCUUUUAUACAGUAGGAUUCCUUCUCUCGGUUCACUGUGGUAUGUUGAGCCCAGUCAUCUAAGGCUAAAUGGAAUUUGAAAAGGAGAUGCAUCCAGAAGGCUCUCUUUAAAAAUGGCCCGUUUGCCUCCUACGAGCCGCCCCGGUGCCUUGAGGGUUGUGUCGUUGCGACAGAGAGGCAGUGGGAGGUGCACAGGGGCGAUGGUGCUGAUAGCAUUCCGAGUCACCACCGGGGCAAAGC